GACUUGAACAAGAAUAUGAUUGGCAGUUCUUUUUUCUUUCUCAAUAAAAAGAAGCCAUCUCCGUCAUUGGCCAGUCAAACACAUCAGUAUCAAUUUUCAUUCCGCCCUCUGCUCAAUUACUCUCUGUGUUCAAACCAGUGGAAAUCAAAGAUGGAGAAAACACAGGAAACAGGAAAGAAAAACGGAAACUCAGACGCAGAGCAAAGCGUCAAGGAUGGUUCAAUUUGUGGCUAUAAUUCCCUUCAUCAACUCCUAAGCGCAAAUCUCAAACCUGAACUCUUUCAGGAGGUCAGCCGCUUGCUUUAUGGCCUUAACUGCGGAAGGCCACUUAAGCAGAUCAAGCUCCCAGAAUAUGCUAACACCCUAUCUUCCAAACAUGAUUUUGAUUUACAGGCUUUCUACUUUUCUGCAGAGAAGGAGUUAAUUAGAGAAGCACGUGUGGUUAGGGUUGGUCUCAUUCAGAACUCUAUUUCUCUUCCAACAACUGCUCCCUUUCUGGACCAAAAGAGAGCGAUUUAUGAGAAAGUGAAGCCAAUGAUUGAUGCUGCAGGUGCUUCUGGAGUGAACAUACUAUGCUUGCAAGAAGCAUGGAUGAUGCCAUUCGCCUUCUGCACUAGGGAGAAGAAGUGGUGUGAAUUUGCUGAGCCUGUUGAUGGGGAGUCUACAAAAUUUCUUCAGCAAUUUGCGCGGAAGUAUAACAUGGUCAUUGUAAAUCCAAUUCUUGAGAGGGACAUUAGCCAUGGAGAGACAAUUUGGAAUACUGCCGUUAUAAUUGGCAAUCAUGGAAACAUUACUGGCAAGCAUCGGAAGAAUCAUAUACCCAGAGUUGGAGAUUUCAAUGAGAGCACAUAUUAUAUGGAAGGAAAUACUGGGCAUCCUGUGUUUGAGACAGCAUUUGGAAAGAUUGCUGUUAAUAUAUGUUAUGGGAGGCACCAUCCUUUGAAUUGGUUAGCUUUUGGCUUAAAUGGGGCAGAGAUUGUAUUCAAUCCUUCUGCCACUGUUGGUAAACUCAGUGAACCAAUGUGGCCCAUCGAGGCGCGUAAUGCUGCAAUAGCAAAUAGUUACUUUGUUGGUUCAAUAAAUCGAGUUGGAACUGAGAUAUUCCCCAACGCAUUCACCUCGGGUGAUGGGAAGCCUCAACAUAAGGAUUUUGGGCAUUUUUAUGGCUCUAGUAACUUUUCAGCACCAGAUGCUUCCUGCACACCAUCUCUCUCCCGAUGCAGUGAUGGAUUGUUGAUCUCAGAUAUGGAUCUUAAUCUUUGUAGGCAACUGAAAGACAAGUGGGGAUUUAGAAUGACUGCCCGGUACGAGGCAUAUUCAUAUUUGCUCGGUCGUUAUCUGAAACCAGACUUUGAGCCUCAAAUAAUUUCUGAUCCCAUGUCAGAAAAGAGGUCCUCUUAAGGUUCCAGUCAGCUACGAAAGGUUGAAAUAGGAAGGAAGAAAUGAGAGCGAAAUUGGAAAGUGUAUUCAAAUAACUGAAAUGAUCUUGUUGAAAUAUAACUCUCAUUUUUCUUGUUUAGGUCCCAAUCUUUCAAUGGAUUAAUGUGGGAUAUUAAAACACAGAAGACUCAAAAUAAACUUUCAGGAAAUGGUGAGAAUAAAAGUAGCAAUUUGAUCUUC